AUGGUCACUCUGCCAAGUGAUUUCAAGUGGGGCUUUGCCACUGCCUCCUACCAGAUUGAGGGCGCCAUUGACAAGGACGGACGCGGGCCUUCCAUUUGGGACACAUUCUGUGCCCGUCCCGGCAAGAUUGCUGAUGGGAGCUCCGGAGUCACUGCUUGCGACUCUUACAACCGCACUGAUGAAGACAUUGCCCUGCUCAAGUCCCUCGGCUCCCAGGCUUACCGCUUUUCUCUCUCCUGGUCUCGCAUCAUCCCCAAGGGCGGCCGUAAUGACCCCAUCAACCAGGCCGGUCUUGACCACUACCGCAAGUUUGUCGAUGACCUCCUCGAAGCUGGCAUCACUCCCUUCAUUACCCUUCUCCACUGGGAUGUUCCUGAUGAGCUUGAUACCCGCUAUGGCGGCCUUCUCAACCGUACCGAGUUCCCCCUCGACUUUGAGAACUAUGCUCGAGUAGUGUUCAAGGGCAUUCCCCGCUGUAAGAACUGGAUCACUUUCAACGAGCCGUGGUGCUCCUCCAUUCUGGGCUACAAUACCGGUUCCUUUGCUCCCGGUCGCACUUCAGACAGGUCCAAGUCCGCGGUCGGCGACUCGGCCCGUGAACCCUGGAUCGUUGGACACAACCUCCUUGUCGCUCAUGGCCGUGCCGUGAAAGCCUACCGGGAUGACUUUAAGGCUGAGAACGGCGGCGAAAUUGGUAUUGUCCUCAACGGCGACGCCACAUUCCCAUGGGAUCCCAAGGACCCCAAGGAUGUUGAGGCAGCUAACCGCAAGAUCGAGUUCGCAAUCUCUUGGUUCGCUGACCCCAUCUACUUUGGAGAAUACCCUGCCUCGAUGCGGGCCCAGCUCGGAGACCGCCUGCCAACCUUCACUCCAGAGGAGAAGGCAUUUGUUGAGGGCUCAAACGACUUUUACGGCAUGAACCACUACACCGCCAACUACGUCCGCCACAUCGAUGGGGAGGCUCCGGAGGAUGACUUCCUCGGAAACUUAGAGAUUCUCUUCCACAACAAGCGUGGUGACUGCAUCGGUCCCGAAACCCAGUCGACGUGGCUGCGGCCCUGCCCAGUGGGAUUCCGCGACCUUCUUGUCUGGCUGUCUCGCCGCUACGGCUUCCCCAAGAUGUACGUCACCGAGAACGGCACUAGCAUCUUGGGCGAGAACGACAUGCCCAAGGAGGAGAUCCUAAAGGACGAUUUCCGCCUUCAGUACUACGACGACUACGUCAAGGCAAUGGCUCAGGCUUCUACCUUCGACGGCGUUGACGUCCAUGGAUACUUUGCCUGGUCCCUUCUCGACAACUUCGAGUGGGCUGAGGGUUAUGAAACCCGCUUCGGUGUUACAUUUGUCGAUUAUGAGAACGGCCAGAGGCGAUAUCCCAAGAAGAGCGCUCAGUCCCUGGCACCUCUGUUUAAGAGCUUGGUAAAGAAGGAUUAA